AUGGCAGCUGGUUUUCCUCCCUUUUCCAACACCACCAUUGACCUGUUUGGACCCAUGCAUAUUAAGCUCAAUCGAAAGACUCUGAAAAAAGCCCAGGUCGUAAUAUUCGCCUGCAUGGCAACAAGGGAAGUUCACUUAGAACUUGUUAGUGACAGAACAUCUGAUGCUUUCCUGAUGGCGUUCCGUCGAUUCGCGAGCUUGCGUGGUCAACCGAGCGUUUGUUGGUCGGACUGUGGUACAAACUUUGUUGGUAUACAAGCUUACUUAAAGGAAGUUGUGCGGAUCUGGAACAUUCUGAAGAUUCAAAGUGUUCUAUCCGAGGAUUUCUGUCGUGAAUUCAAAUGGCUAUGGAAUAUACCUCACGCAAGCCAUCAAAAUGAUGUCAUGGAGACCCUCAUCAAGUCUGUUCGACAAAGUCUCGAUGCUACCUGCAAGAGUCAAUCCUUUACCAAAGAGCAGUGCAGAAAAUUUCUGUCAGAGACAACCUACGUCAUCAUGGACGUCCUUUGUAUCUACGUUCUAACGACAUCUGGGAAGGUCCACCUAUCACACCAAACGAUGUUCUCAUAG